AUGAGGAAGAGUCGGAGCGUGCUAGCAGUCACGCCUGAAGAGGAGAGCAGGGAGCCCCCGGUAUAUGCCGGUGCCACUCUCGGUUCUGAGCUGCGUCGCUGCUGCCGCCGCCACUCGGGGACGGCCACCUUAUCGACGCUGUCAUGGCAACACAUGGAGAGGACGCGGAGUCCCCAGGAGGACCUGAUGAGCCGCCCGACCUCGCUGCCCUUCAUCGACCCGCCACGCAUAGACAUCACACCCGUACCACCUGAUGGUUUAGAGGUGGAGAACGGUCCAUGCAGUCCUGUGGAGCUUCAGGUUUCUCCCGGUUCUGCUUUGCUCCUUCCUCACGGUCAGCGCCGAGAGUCGUUCCUGUACCGCUCCGACAGCGACUACGAACUCUCGCCCAAAUCCACCUCGCGCAACUCCUCUAUCGUGGGAGAACCACACAGUGAAGAUCUCAUCGUCACACCGUUCGCUCAGGUCCUCGCCAGUCUUCGUACAGUCAGGAGUAACUUCAGCGUUUUGACCAACGUGCCUGCACCUUCCAGCAGGAGAUCUCCAGUUAGCAUGCAGCCUCCGAUAAACAGGGCCUCGCUAUCAGAUGAGUCGUAUCAGAAGCUGGCCUUGGAGACAAUGGAGGAGCUGGACUGGUGCCUGGACCAGCUAGAGACCCUCCAGACACACCGCUCCGUCAGCGACAUGGCGUCCAACAAGUUCAAGAGGAUGCUGAACCGCGAGCUCACACACCUGUCGGAAAUGAGCCGCUCUGGGAACCAGGUCUCCGAGUUCAUCUCCAACACCUUCUUAGACAAACAGAAUGAGCUGGAGAUCCUGACGCCUCCUGCCAAGUCUCGGGAGAGGAAGAGGAAACAGCAACAGCAGCCGCUCAUGACUCAGAUCAGCGGAAUGAGGAAGGUCACGCAUGGCCCGGGCAUCUCCAGUAAUGUGGCCCGGUUUGGAGUCAAGACCGACUUGGAGGACCUGCUGGCGAAGGACUUGGAGAACAUCAACAAGUGGGGGUUGGACAUCUUCCGAAUUGCCGAUCAUUCGCAUCAACGCCCGCUCACCUGCACCAUGUACGCCAUCUUCCAGGAGAGAGAUUUAAUGAAGACCUUCAAGAUCCCAAUGGAUACCUUUGUGACGUAUAUGAUGACCCUGGAGGACCACUACCACUCAGACGUGUCUUACCACAACAGUCUGCACGCCGCCGAUGUUGCGCAGUCCACGCACAUCCUCCUGGCCACGCCUGCUCUCGAGGCGGUCUUCACGGACCUUGAGAUUCUGGCAGCCAUCUUUGCGGCAGCGAUCCAUGACGUGGAUCACCCGGGGGUCUCGAACCAGUUCCUGAUUAAUACCAACUCUGAACUGGCGCUCAUGUACAACGACGAGUCUGUUCUCGAGAACCAUCACUUGGCCGUGGGCUUCAAGCUCCUACAAGGGGAGAACUGCGACAUCUUCCAGAACCUGUCAAAGAAACAACGCCAGACCCUUCGCAGGAUGGUCAUUGACAUGGUGCUAGCAACAGAUAUGUCCAAACACAUGAGCUUGCUGGCGGAUCUAAAGACUAUGGUGGAGACCAAGAAAGUGACCAGUUCAGGAGUGCUGCUGCUGGACAACUACACGGACAGAUUACAGGUUCUGCGUAAUAUGGUCCACUGCGCCGAUCUCAGCAACCCCACCAAACCUCUGGAUAUUUACCGGCAGUGGACGGACCGCAUCAUGGACGAGUUCUUCCACCAAGGUGACCGGGAGCGAGAGCGUGGCAUGGAGAUCAGCCCCAUGUGCGACAAGCACACCGCUUCUGUUGCGAAGUCCCAGGUGGGAUUCAUCGACUACAUCGUGCACCCUCUGUGGGAGACCUGGGCGGAUCUGGUGCACCCGGAUGCCCAGGACAUCCUGGACACUCUGGAGGAGAACAGGAACUGGUACCACAGCAUGAUCCCUCAGAGUCCGUCUCCUCCGUUCUAUGAAGCCAGCGGGGACAAGUUCCAGUUCGAACUGACUUUGGAAGGUGAAGACGGGGACAAUGAUGACCACGAAGGACCUUCGGAAACGGCUGACAUGGACAUAGCGACGUGUUCCUCUCCCGCCGAGACGUAGCAGCUCACUACGUUGCGCGUUGGUUUAUUCCGUGAUCAAAUGAAGAUCAGUGAAACUUCUUUUUGACGAAGAAGCUGUUUGCAGACUUGAUUACUCCAGAGGUGCUUCUUGCAGCAUGUGAUCAGAAGCUAAGGAUUCCUUGGAGAUCAACUACAAAGUUCUUGCGUGGUUUGCGGGUUCUGGGACUGAAGCAGGGACUCAGUGGAUCCCGCAGCGUAAACGUGGCCCCAGUACGGGAUGCUAUGAAGGAGAACUACUGCCCGAUGAUCCGUAUGGAUUUACUUUAUCCGGGGUUUUUGUGUACCACGGUGUCAAAGACACACGUUUGGUUUUUAACUAGGUUGUAUUUAUCAUGAACGCAGAUAAUCAUUGAACACGAAGAAAAGAAUUUCUCAAGGUGUUUGGAUCAGUCUUAUUUGGGGAAACAAUGGUUUAUUUAACAACUCUAUAUACACCAAGUACACCUUUUUUCUUCCUAAGAGACAGUUUUCACUGUGCUAAACUUUUAGUUGUUUUAUUAUUAAUAAACAUGGUACUUUUUUUUGUAUUGUAAAUAGACACGAAUGAACCCACAACAAAAGCACUUUAACGCAGACACUGAAACCACUUUAGAGAAAACGAGUCGUGUUGCAGCCAAAAAUGAAACAGUCAACAUUUUUUUAAACUGUUACUCAGAAUCAUGUUUCAGUGCAGCUGAUUUAAGAAAAUACAAUACAAUAUUUUACAGUCAUGGCAAUAAUCAUUGACGUCAAUCCCCCUUGUUUCUCAGUAUAGUCAUGUACACUCACGCACACACACACACACAUACACACACACACGUACAGGAUGUGGUUGAAUAAAAAAGCGAUGUGUCGCACGUCCUGAAAUCGAGAUUAAAUCUCCUACAGCAGGUUGGCAUCGUGGCCACAUGCAUCACACUCAAAGCCACACAUAUAGAAAUAAAAACGCUGCUUAAUUCUUAAAGUGUUUCAUUUUUACAUAACGGUUUGUUAAAAACAGCUGUUAGUGUUAAACGGCGAACAAAAUUCGUUCCCAAAACCCACAACAAAUUUUUUUUGUUGUUAUUUGUAUUUAUUUUAUUGUUUGUUUUAUCAUUGCAAUGCAGUGAGUAGUUACCCUCGACUUCCCUGGUGGAAUGAACAUCAUUAUUUGUUACUUUGUGCUGGUGUAAUGUUGUAAUACUUUGUGAAUUAUUAUUAUUAUUAUUAUUAUUAUUUUAUUGUGUCCUUCACAUAGACACACACACACACACACACACACACACACAAAGUGACUAACCGUCCCACACUGUGAUUUCAUGGUGUAUUUGUGUCACUUGCCAAAGAAUUUAUUAAACAUGAACAUUUUUGGAAA